AUGUCUGCAUCUCCACACAACUUGAACUCACGAAAUAGCGUUAGUUUAGAUUCAUUUGAAAAUAGUUUUGACGAGGCAUUGGACAAUAUAGAAAUCAACCCGGUACGAGGAUAUCAUAUUGAUAAUUCAUUGAACAAUAGCAAUAGAAUCACCGAUUUUGACAUAGACGAGAAUUUUGAAAUGAGAAGUGUUUUAGAAGAUGAAGAACAUUUUGAUAACGAUGGCCACCCACUCAUGCGUGAUAGGACAAGAUCUAAUGCUUCCACGCUGAACAGUAGGUAUAACAAGUAUAAUAAUGUUUCCGGUUCAAGAUCUGUAACAGGCUAUACCCCUUCAACGAUAGGAGUUGGACUGAAAAAAUGGUUUGUAAAUGUUAAAACAGCAAUAUCUAGCGGUUGGAAAGAUUAUAGUACAUCUGUUGCAUUGGGAGAUGAGCAUACAGAAAGGGAAGUCCAUCCUGGUACAACUCAAGUUUAUGAUAGACAUAGAUUUCCAUCAAAUGAAGUCUCAAACGCAAAAUACAAUGCUGUCACAUUCUUGCCUACUUUAUUAUAUGAACAGUUCAAAUUCUUCUUCAACUUAUACUUUUUAUUAGUUGCAUUAUCGCAAGCAAUACCAGCCCUUAGGAUUGGUUAUCUUUCAUCAUAUGUGGUGCCACUAGCAUUUGUCCUAACUGUCACUAUGGCGAAGGAGGCAUCUGAUGACAUCCAAAGGAGAAGACGUGAUAGAGAAUCUAACAUGGAGCUUUACGAAGUUCUUGGAAGACCAAGACCAGUUGCAAGUAAAGAUCUUAAAGUUGGAGAUUUAAUCAAGAUUAGCAAGGGUGCAAGAGUUCCAGCAGAUCUUAUCCUACUGCAAUCAAGCGAACCUUCGGGUGAAGCAUUUAUCAAGACAGACCAAUUGGAUGGUGAAACAGAUUGGAAAUUAAGAAUAGCUUGCACACUUACUCAAAACUUGAAUGAAGAUGAUUUACUGGAAAAGAUUACUAUUACAGCCUCAGCACCUGAAAAGUCAAUUCAUAGUUUUCUGGGCAGAGUAACAUAUAAAGAUACAAAUACCUCGGGUCUAACAAUUGACAACACAUUGUGGGCAAAUACAGUUUUAGCAUCUAGUGGAUUCUGUAUAGGAUGCGUUAUUUAUACAGGUAGGGACACUAGGCAAGCUAUGAAUACAACUUCAGCUAAGGUCAAGACAGGCCUUUUAGAGUUGGAGAUUAAUGAUAUCUCGAAAAUUUUGUGUGCUUGCGUGUUCAUAUUAUCCAUAUUAUUGGUUGUAUUUGCGGGCUUACACAACGAUGAUUGGUAUGUUGACAUUAUGAGAUACCUCAUUCUGUUUUCCACAAUUAUCCCUGUCUCUUUAAGAGUUAAUCUCGAUUUAGCAAAGUCAGUGUAUGCUCACCAAAUAGAACAUGACAAGACUAUACCUGAAACAAUUGUUAGAACUAGUACUAUUCCGGAAGAUUUAGGUAGGAUUGAAUAUCUAUUGAGUGAUAAGACAGGGACAUUGACACAGAAUGAUAUGCAACUGAAGAAAGUACAUCUCGGCAAUGUCUCGUACACUACAGAGACUGCAGAUAUUGUUUCAGACUAUAUUCAGGGAAUGAUAGAAUCCAAAAAUGACUCUGUCACUAAUUUAGGACCUAGGUCGACAACCAGAAAAGAUGCUGCCACACAUGUAAUAGACCUCAUUACAACUCUUGCAAUUUGUCAUAAUGUUACCCCAACAUUUGAAGAUGAUGAACUUACAUAUCAAGCAGCAUCUCCCGAUGAAAUUGCAAUUGUUAAAUUUACUGAGUCAGUUGGUCUUUCACUUUUCAAACGUGAUCGUCAUUCCAUGUCUCUAUUACAUGAGCAUAGCGGCACCAUAUUAAAUUAUGACGUAUUGACUAUGUUCCCUUUCAAUUCUGAUACUAAGCGUAUGGGCAUAAUAGUUUAUGAUAAACAAAAAGAUCAGUAUUGGUUCUUACAAAAAGGUGCCGACACAGUUAUGAACAGAAUUGUCGCAAACAAUGAUUGGCUUGAAGAAGAAACAGGUAAUAUGGCAAGAGAGGGUUUAAGAACUCUUGUUAUUGGGCGCAAGAAAUUAACCAAGAAGAUUUAUGAGCAGUUCAAGAAAGAAUAUGAAGAAGUUUCAGCAUCUAUGUAUAACAGAGAACAGGAGAUGGCAAACACAAUCUCAAAGUAUCUUGAACAUGAUUUAGAACUAUUAGGUUUAACGGGUGUCGAAGAUAAGCUUCAAAAAGACGUUAAAUCGUCAAUUGAACUUCUAAGAAAUGCUGGUAUCAAAAUUUGGAUGUUAACGGGUGAUAAGGUUGAAACUGCAAGAUGUGUAUCGAUUAGUGCGAAGUUGAUAUCUAGAGGACAAUACGUUCAUGUGGUCACAAAACUGUCCAAACCAGAAGGUGCCUUCAAUCAGCUAGAAUAUCUGAAAGUGAACAAGAAUGCAUGCCUUUUAAUUGACGGUGAAUCAUUGGGAAUGUUCUUGAAAUACUAUAGACAGGAAUUUUUUGAUGUAGUAGUUCAUCUACCAACUGUGAUUGCAUGCCGUUGUACACCUCAACAAAAAGCUGAUGUAGCUUUAAUCAUCAGAGAAUUAACAGGUAAAAGGGUAUGCUGUAUUGGCGAUGGUGGUAACGAUGUUAGCAUGAUUCAAUGCGCAGACGUAGGUGUUGGUAUCGUAGGAAAAGAAGGUAAACAAGCCUCAUUGGCAGCAGAUUUUUCCAUAACUCAGUUUUGCCAUCUAACAGAGCUCUUACUGUGGCAUGGACGUAACUCCUACAAGAGAUCAGCCAAACUUGCCCAAUUUGUUAUGCAUAGAGGACUAAUAAUAGCCAUUUGCCAAGCCGUUUUCUCUGUCUGUUCUCAAUUUGAACCAAUAGCACUGUAUCAAGGUUGGUUAAUGGUUGGUUAUGCGACGUGUUAUACCAUGGCUCCAGUUUUCUCUUUAACACUAGAUCAUGACAUAGAUGAAUCCCUAACCAAGAUGUAUCCUGAACUAUACAAGGACCUAACAGAGGGGAAAUCUUUAUCAUACAAGACUUUUUUUGUGUGGGUAGCGCUCUCAUUUUACCAAGGUUUAGUAAUUCAAGGAUUUUCACAAACAUUCACAAGCUUAGCUGAAAUAGAUUUCACUAAAAUGGUCGCAAUUGGAUUUACUGCUCUGAUAUUUAAUGAGUUGAUAAUGGUUGCUUUAGAGAUAUACACAUGGAACAAAACCAUGAUUAUCACCGAGAUAGUAACUCUAGCCAUAUAUGUGUUUUCAGUACCAUUCUUGGGAGAAUAUUUUGAUCUGAAGUACAUUUCAACCUUGAAAUUCAUAACUGAGCUGAUAUUGAUUCUUGUUGUUUCGAUUUUCCCUGUGUGGCUAACUAAGGCUAUAUAUAGAAGAUUGAAUCUGCCCAGUUAUGCUAAGGUCCAAGAAUUUUCAACUGUAUAA